GACAUGACAAUCAUCUGUGAUUCGAACAAAAAUAUUCCUCGAAUAUUACGCGAUUCUCCAGUUUUCUGCAUCAUUUUACUAUAAACAAAGAUCCUUAUGUUUAAAUUUAUUCAGCUGAAAUACUCGCUGACAAAAACACACAGUUGGUUGCUCACCUAAGUUGACGCGUGUGAAAUCAGUCAAGCUUAACUGAGUGGCUGUUCUUAAUUUAAUUUGGUAAAGAUGUCGAAAAUAAAGAAGCUUACGGGCUCGUUCCGCUAUACGCAAUGGGACCCGUGUCUAAUUGUCUCCCAGAUAGUGGCAAUGCAGUCUCUGUUGUACCUCUCUCUGUGCCUCAUCAUGGCUAUCAUGCAGGAUUUGACUGACUCGACCAGAACGCUGGACCACAUAUUCGAGUAUCAUGAGAUCCAUGUGAAAGAUAAUGAGGGCAGGUCGGUGAUAACAGCGUUCGUGCUAAACGCAAUCAUCGGAGCUUGUGCCCUUUGGACGAUUGUGGGCAGGACCAAACUAUGCUUAGAUUUUAGUUGCACUUUUUACGGCAUUCAUCUCAUCGUCUGCUGGAUGUACAACGGAACAUUCCCCACAACAUUCUCCUGGUGGACUCUAAACGUAGCUUGCGCAGCUAUAAUGUGUGUCACCGGAGAGUUCCUGUGUCUCCGAACGGAGUUGCAAGCAAUACCGUUGAGUAACAUAGGUGCUAAAGUGGAUUUAUGAAAAUUAGCUCGUUCAGGACUCUACAGUGACUUUAAAACUCAGAUCUCGAACCUUGUGGGACUUCACACGAAACUGCGAGCGAAGACUGUAAUGUAGUGUAGAUAUUGCUGCGCCAAAUUUAUGUUUCGUGAAUAAAUUAAUUAAUAUGUUGUUGAAUGAGUAAAAUUACUAAAUUAGAUUUAAGGUCUAAAUUGUAAGAUGCUUUGUUACUUAUUUUUCUAGAAAGGAAGCAAAUGCUAAUAAAUUUCAAGUGCUAGAUACUAUUUAUUGACAAAAUGA